GAGUGAUUAGUGGGUUUGAAAAGCGAACCGUGGCUCGGCCUCAUUUCCCGCUCUGGUUCAGGCGCAGGAGGAAGUGUUUUGCUGGAGGAUGAUGACAGAGGUCAGGCUUCGCUAAUGGGCCAGUGAGGAGCGGUGGAGGCGAGGCCGGGCGCCGGCACACACACAUUAACACACUUGAGCCAUCACCAAUCAGCAUAGGAAUCUGAGAAUUGCUCUCACACACCAACCCAGCAACAUCCGUGGAGAAAACUCUCACCAGCAACUCCUUUAAAACACCGUCAUUUCAAACCAUUGUGGUCUUCAAGCAACAACAGCAGCACAAAAAACCCCAACCAAACAAAACUCUUGACAGAAGCUGUGACAACCAGAAAGGAUGCCUCAUAAAGGGGGAAGACUUUAACUAGGGGCGCGCAGAUGUGUGAGGCCUUUUAUUGUGAGAGUGGACAGACAUCCGAGAUUUCAGAGCCCCAUAUUCGAGCCCCGUGGAAUCCCGCGGCCCCCAGCCAGAGCCAGCAUGCAGAACAGGGAGGGCGGAGUUCAGCGGCGGAAAUAAAGCGAGCAGUGGCUGGUGCGAACCGACUCCCGGCUCUAAGCCUUACUUGCGGUGGCCGGACUUGUCUGUGGCUGAAGCCGAGCCCGGGUUCUGACUCUCACGUCUGCACUGGAGGUCACAGCGGAGUGAAUCAGCUCGGUGGUGUCUUUGUCAACGGGCGGCCACUGCCGGACUCCACCCGGCAGAAGAUUGUAGAGCUAGCUCACAGCGGGGCCCGGCCGUGCGACAUUUCCCGAAUUCUGCAGGUGUCCAACGGAUGUGUGAGUAAAAUUCUGGGCAGGUAUUACGAGACUGGCUCCAUCAGACCCAGGGCAAUCGGUGGUAGUAAACCGAGAGUAGCGACUCCAGAAGUUGUAAGCAAAAUAGCCCAGUAUAAGCGGGAGUGCCCGUCCAUCUUUGCUUGGGAAAUCCGAGACAGAUUAUUGUCCGAGGGGGUCUGUACCAACGAUAACAUACCAAGUGUGUCAUCAAUAAACAGAGUUCUUCGCAACCUGGCUAGCGAAAAGCAACAGAUGGGCGCAGACGGCAUGUAUGAUAAACUAAGGAUGUUGAACGGGCAGACCGGAAGCUGGGGCACCCGCCCUGGUUGGUAUCCGGGGACUUCGGUGCCAGGGCAACCUACGCAAGAUGGCUGCCAGCAACAGGAAGGAGGGGGAGAGAAUACCAACUCCAUCAGUUCCAACGGAGAAGAUUCAGAUGAGGCUCAAAUGCGACUUCAGCUGAAGCGGAAGCUGCAAAGAAAUAGAACAUCCUUUACCCAAGAGCAAAUUGAGGCCCUGGAGAAAGAGUUUGAGAGAACCCAUUAUCCAGAUGUGUUUGCCCGAGAAAGACUAGCAGCCAAAAUAGAUCUACCUGAAGCAAGAAUACAGGUAUGGUUUUCUAAUCGAAGGGCCAAAUGGAGAAGAGAAGAAAAACUGAGGAAUCAGAGAAGACAGGCCAGCAACACACCUAGUCAUAUUCCUAUCAGCAGUAGUUUCAGCACCAGUGUCUACCAACCAAUUCCACAACCCACCACACCUGUUUCCUCCUUCACAUCUGGCUCCAUGUUGGGCCGAACAGACACAGCCCUCACAAACACCUACAGCGCUCUGCCGCCUAUGCCCAGCUUCACCAUGGCAAAUAACCUGCCUAUGCAACCCCCAGUCCCCAGCCAGACCUCCUCAUACUCCUGCAUGCUGCCCACCAGCCCUUCGGUGAAUGGGCGGAGUUAUGAUACCUACACCCCCCCACAUAUGCAGACACACAUGAACAGUCAGCCAAUGGGCACCUCGGGCACCACUUCAACAGGACUCAUUUCCCCUGGUGUGUCAGUUCCAGUUCAAGUUCCCGGAAGUGAACCUGAUAUGUCUCAAUACUGGCCAAGAUUACAGUAAAAAAAAAAAAAAAAAAAAAGGAAAGGAAAUAUUGUGUUAGUUCAGUCAGUGACUAUGGGGACACAACAGUUGAGCUUUCAGGAAAGAAAGAAAAAUGGCUGUUAGAGCCGCUUCAGUUCUACAAUUGUGUCCUGUAUUGUACCACUGGGGAAGGAAUGGACUUGAAACAAGGACCUUUGUAUACAGAAGGCACGAUAUCAGUUGGAACGAAUCUUCAUUUUGGUAUCCAAACUUUUAUUCAUUUUGGUGUAUUAUUUGUAAAUGGGCAUUUGUAUGUUAUAAUGAAAAAAAGAACAAUGUAGACUGGAUGGAUGUUUGAUCUGUGUUGGUCAUGAAGUUGUUUUUUUUUUUUUAAAAAAGAAAACCAUGAUCAACAAGCUUUGCCACGAAUUUAAGAGUUUUAUCAAGAUAUAUUGAAUACUUCUACCCAUCUGUUCAUAGUUUAUGGACUGAUGUUCCAAGUUUGUAUCAUUCCUUUGCAUAUAAUUAAACCUGGAACAACAUGCACUAGAUUUAUGUCAGAAAUAUCUGUUGGUUUUCCAAAGGUUGUUAACAGAUGAAGUUUAUGUGCAAAAAAGGGUAAGAUAUACAUUCAAGGAAGAAAAAAAGUUGGUAGCUAAAAGGUAGAGUGUGUCUUCGAUAUAAUCCAAUUUGUUUUAUGUCAAAAUGUAAGUAUUUGUCUUCCCUAGAAAUCCUCAGAAUGAUUUCUAUAAUAAAGUUAAUUUCAUUUAUAUUUGACAAGAAUAUAGAUGUUUUAUACACAUUUUCAUGCAAUCACACGUUUCUUUUUUGGCCAGCAAAAGUUAAUUGUUCUUAGAUAUAGUUGUAUUACUGUUCACGGUCCAAUCAUUUUGUGCAUCUAGAGUUCAUUCCUAAUCAAUUAAAAGUGCUUGCAAGAGUUUUAAA